AAAAUCAUUCUUGCACGCACGUCAGCCUGAUUUAGUGGGAGUCCUCAAAAGAUCCGAUACAAGAGCCAGUGAAAUUUGGGGAAGCAUCAUUCGUGAGAAAGAAAGCGCCCCUGUUGAAGGUUAACCGAAGCUCACAAACCCAAAACUGAGAUACUCAGAGCAACAAAGUCAGUUUAAUAAGAUGACAACGACAAAAGUCUUUGUGGCGAUCGCCUCCGUGCUUGCCCUUUCGCUUCCAGCAUUGUCUCUAGAAGAAAACACUGAAGCACCAUUAUGGUUGGACGAAGAAAACAUUUCACCAGGAAAAGUCAUUUGCAGGGCAGGAUAUGUUAUGGACGCAUAUCGCAUUCAGGAUGGCUUUCUCGUGACCCGUCCGGAUGUCAAGGCUCUAGAGGGGCCGAAUCUCUACGCCGUAUCCAGCCUUGUCGACCUUCCCGAGGCAAUUAGUAGCACGUUUCACAUUCUUGAAGCCCCAGGAAACGCCGAGCCUCUGUUUCGUCCAGGCUGGGGAGUCACGGACAACCAGCCUUUGAUCGAUCUCGCACGAAGUGUUGGAGAUUGUGCAUCCUGUUCAGGAGGGUCUACUAGCGUGGGCUUUCGCGCUGAAGUGGAAGGUACAGUCGUCAGGACGAAUCCCCAAAUUCUUGAAAUCAACAAAGUUCGCCUUGCUGUUAGGGGUGAGGAGUGUGCAGCAUUCUACACGGAAUCUCCAUCAGCAUCUCCCACUCGUGCUCCCACUGGUACACCAACGAUUAGAGCGCCCACUCCGGCACCAACCACACGCCGCAGUCUGUCACCCUCUGGGGCUCCUUCACUAGCACCUACCAGAUCUCCCAGCUCUGCACCCAGUGCCACUCCAUCGCAAGCACCUAGCAUGACUCCAUCAACUGUACCAAGUUUUGCACCCAGUAGCAUGCCGAGUCUGAGGCCAAGUGCUGCCCCAUCGGGAGCUCCCGCGCCUAUCGAUUGUUCCGGAUACCAAAAGACGUUCCAAGUGCCAGAGUUGCCAGUCGUCAUCCACCACGUUGUCAACAUUGAUGAAGCAGACAGUUCCAUGUCGACUCUGUCAGCCCAAGUUGUCUACGAGGGUCAGGGAUGGCUUGGUUUUGGCAUUUCUCCCAAUGGCGGAAUGAACGGAUCCAAUGUCGUCAUUGGCACUGCUGGCUCAGGAGACAACUUGCUACUGAACCCGGGCAAAUACUAUCUCGGAGGUCACUCGGAAGAGUUUGUUUCCCUUAUCGACAAGCAAACUCUGUUGGACGAAAGUAUCACACAGAACGAGACACAUACGGUAUUGUCGUUUACAAAGUACCUGGAAGAGGAAGGCGAAGCCACAAUCAAUGGCAAUGGAACAAACCGGUUCGUGGUGGCAUAUGGUUUUGACAAUUUGUUUUCAUUCCAUGAGCAAAGAGCUAGCUUUGUCAUGACCUUGUCUCCUUGCAUACCGGAGGAAAUCGAACACAUUGUCAACGUAACAGCAAACUACACGGAAGAAGUCCCUUUCCCAGAAAUUGAAGACAUCGACAUCGACGGUGAAGAAAACCCCAACGCCAUUCCCUUUGAUGGCGAGAAUGACCCCGAGCUUGACAUUACUAUCCUCGGCGGCUCUGAACGACCAGACGAUGGCGAGAAUGAUCCCGAGCUUGACAUUACGACCGGCGGCUCUCAACAGCCAGGUGAUGGCGAGAAUGAACCCCCCGUGCUUGAACCUGGUUUCGAACAAGAUACUGAAGUCGCCGCCUCAAAAGUCGGGCGCAUCUCGAACAAGCAAGGGAGUGACGAUCAAAAACCGAAAGCCCCCGCUGAUGCUUACGCAGCGGCGGCGCAAUUCGAAGGUUCGGAUGAAGCAAGCUCUGCCAUGGUUACCAGAAUUUCAAUGGUAGUGGUUGGGCUCACAGGCAUGUUGAUCAUGUUGUAGCGAACAAGCUCUACUGCCUUGGGUUUUGGAUCUAGUUUGACAGUGGUGAACAAGGUUUCGUUUUAUCAUAUUCUAUUCUUCUGUAAGGUCUAUAAGUUUAUAUAUUAUCAUC